AUGACUAACGCAGUUAGGAAAAAGGAUCCUUCAAAAGAUUGGGAAGAAUUUGAAAAAGAAUACGAUUCUGAUGAAGAUCCUAAUAUAGAUGAUUCUUGGGGUGAUUGGAAUGAAGAAGAAUUACAACCAACGUUAUGUUUAUUUUGUGAAACAAUUUCACCAUCUACCAAAGAUACUAAAUUUCACAUGAAGGAUAUUCAUGGAUUUGAUUUAUUAAAAAUCAAAAAAAAUAUGGGAUUAGAUUUUUAUCAAACAAUCAUAUUAAUAAAUUAUAUUCGACACAAAACAUUAAAUAAUUCAUGUAUGGCAUGUAAUCAAUCAUUUGAGAAUUCAGAAAAACUAUUGGAACAUAUGAAACAGGAGAAUUGUUUUAUUAAAGUACCUGAUUUAAAUAAACAAUAG